UCAUAUCGCCGGCAAAAAAAAAGGAACAUGGCGUCCGUGCAGGCAAGUCAAGUUUGACUUUUCGUUUGGUGUAUGAAAUUUGGGUUUAACUGGGGAUGCUAGUACAACGAAGCCUUAUUUUGUUUACAGUGUACCUUCUGUUGAAGGAGGUUGACUCUCGGUGUCCAGCUGGGCAACGAGAGCAUCCCCUUGAUGGAGGAAGGAGGUGCUGCAGCCCCUUAACAACAAAUGACCCCUGCAGGCCAGGUAAUGAGAUAAAGCCUUGCUUGGAAAACGGACAGUCAGACAGGUGCCUACGUUGUAGGAAGGGCUUGGUACAACUGGACAACACAACGUCCGAGUUCCCCGUGUCCUGCUACCUGUCCCUUCAAGAAUGUCCCCCGGAGUCUGUGCCACACAGUACGAUGUCCACAAAGGGAUGUCAUCUUCCUUGCCGGUGUGACGAGGAAAAUGGCUACACCGGGGACAAUCCCUGCAACUGUGUGAAGGCAAAAGAAUGUAGGGCUAAUACAUACCUCAAGAACGGGUACUGCCAAGGUUGUCCAGACGGAACUCAUAGACCAGGUUUGGGAUUUGGACCAUGUAAACCAUUGCCAACAACCUCUGACAGCAAGCCACCAGCAGAAGAACUCUCAACCACUGAGAAAACACCGUCGACCUCUAUCAGUGGCUCACGGACAAGUGAUGUUGAAGAAACAACGCCAACCUCUUCUCCCAGGCCUGCUCCAGACACCAAUCCCGUGGUAACAGCAGUUGGUGUGGUUGGCUCCAUUUUGAUCAUUGUGAUCAUUGUGAUACUGAUAGUCUGCUGCUGCUGCCAAAGACAACGAUCCAUCAGCAACAGAAUUUACAAGAGCAAAGUAUACAUCUACAUAAAGAAUACUUUCACACAGGUCAACUCCUCAGAACCGGAAGCAGGACUGGGUAAUCCUCCAAGCUAUGAUGAUAUUUCACUCAGAGAAGGCAGCCUGCAGGAGGGAACAGGGAAUGAAACUGAAGAAGGUCAAGGUCAGAGAGAAGAUGAAAGAGACUCUGAAUCUCUGCUCUUCAAUCCUCCAUCAUUGUUUACGGGGUCAUCUAAUCAACGAUCAAGACCUGAUCAAACAGACAGCACGGAGAGGAAGACAAUCUGUCCAUCAGGCAUCCCUGGUCAAGGUCAGAGCGAAGGUGAGAGAGACUCUGAAAAUCAGCUCUUCAACCCGCCACCGCUGUUCACGGGGUCAUCAGAUCAAAGUUCCGUCCCACCUUUAAGCCACAGACAGACAGACAGCACGGAGAGGAAGACACCCCAUCCGUCCAACAUGCCUGGUCAGAGAGCUAUGGGGCUUCCUGAUUGUCCAGAUCUGUAAAGUGCAAUAUUCUCUUUUUUCGAAAUGGAAUAAUCCAAAGAGGUUAUUGUUCUGCAUGGACUAUGCAUCAUUUAACAAUUCAGCUUUCUAUAUUUAUCAUUAACAGAUGGAAUCCUUGAAAGAUCUUGUAUUCCAGCCUCUGAAGUUUGAAAGUUCAAUUUUGAGCAAUGUUGAGCUUUCUAGAUUUUCAUCUCUUAGUGAUUAAAUAAAAAAAACCCAACCAAACAAUAAAAAAAGGCAAAAAAAACACAGAAAGCUUUAUUGUUAGAAGGUAUGCAGACAUAUUAAUAUAUAUGAUGGUUGACUGUGCCUACUAGACUGCAACGAUUAACUUUGUCGCAAUACGAUACAUAUCUAGAUGGUAACAUUACUAUAUCUAGACGGUAGCAUUACUAUAUCUAGAUGGUAACAUUACUAUACAAUUCAUGAAAUGUUAUGUGAAAAUUCAAAUUCCAUUUUAAAGGAAAAAAAUGACUGGUAUUUCUUAUAACCUAUCCAUCGACAAAUAUUGUAGAUACUUUCAAGCAUAAAAUUCUUUUUUUGCUGGAAUAGCGUAAAUGGAUGGGGUGGUGUUGGUGGGGGUGGGGGGAAAAUUCUCGAGGUUGAAGCGAAGUGUGAUGUUCCUUGUGGUCUUCCUAACUGUGAUAUUCACUGAAUUUUUUUAAAAAGUGACUCUGACUCAUCAUCUGAUCAUGCAUGCAUUUCUUUAGUGGGACCCAGCAUUUAAUAUUAUUGGGCAUUUAUUUAGGGAUUUACAUCAUUUUCACAUGAAUUUAUGAAUUGUUUAAUGUAUCAGGGCUUGAUUUAGCUACAUAAAACAUGCCCCACUGAAACCUAUUAUUAAAAAAUGUAACCUUUUAAAAUAUUUAUGUUGAUAUGCAUCAAGUGCAUGUAAAAAAACCUGACUAACCCUUACUUGUCCCCAACAAAGUUGUUCUUUGAACAAGCUCAGGACCUCUAAAGUUUAUUUACCAUACUACGUCUCUCAUCCCUGUAUGGCAUGUAAUUCGUCAUUCUUUCUCAGGCGUGAUGCCAUCAAACUGUGGGUACUUUAAGAAUAUGUGCACAUGUUCUUAUAAUGCGUCAUUAAUUUAUGUGACACUGGCAGCAGACCAGCCUAUGUUUCAACCUGAUAUAUUAAUUGGACAAGGGUGCAACCUGCAUGGUUUUGUUUGGUGCAACUUGGUUUUCAUGUCAACAUGCACCUGGUGCAAGUUAAAUCCAGCUUUUAAUCAAGCCCUGUGUAUCUAUUGUGAGACAGAGUAUUUCGAUACACCUACAAUCCAGUUGCAGUCCUAUCUGCUAGGCAACUAAGUUGUCCUGCCUGAUUUUGGGAGAUAUUUUACUUUUGUCAGUUUUAAGUAACUCCGUAAUGUCAACGCAGGUUAUAUAUUCAUGGAGCUUCCAGAUUGGAAGUGGAUAGAGGAACAGACUACAGGUUCUGGGGCGGAUAGUGGUGCCACAAUUAGUUGUGAAUAGUUAUGUCCCUUAGCUGUGUCAGGAUCCAUUGUCAUGUGUUUUAUUUAAUAUUCCAUCUGAGCACUGUAAUGUGGGUUUUUACCAAAGGGAAAGGUGUCCGUGACACAAAACCCUUUCCGCCUACCUCCAACACCAAGCUGAUAAUUACGAUUUCAUUUAGGGUACCGACCAUUUGAUAUUCUGGGGAAUAUCUUGGGAUUUUAUAUCAAGAUAAGAUAUUUUUAAGGCAGAUUCAGCAUUUUUAAAAGGGAGGGGUCCAAAAUAUCAAAAUCCUCAAGUCAGUCAUUUUUUACUACCUACAACAUACCACAUUUGGUUUUCAAAAGAGAGGGUGAGGGGGACCUCCUGGACCCCCCUCUUAGGAUCUGCCUAUGUCUUUUCAGCUCCAGCUACAAAACCAGAUAUUUUUUUAGGUAAAACUAUGAGUCUGAAUAACCCUUGCAACAAUGUCACUUUUGUUACAGACAUUUACCUUUUUUCCAACAGUCUGAAGCAUGAUUAUUAUUUUCACAAAUGUUUUGGGACAGUUUUUUGGCCUUGUCAACCCUUUUCAAAACUAGAUUGAAGGGCCAAAAUGGCUUGUCAUUGAAUGAUCUGAAUACUCAUUCCUUAAUUGAAAGAACUAAAAUACUUCUGCCUCUUGCCAUCUUGCCAGAUUGAACAAAGAACUAGUCUAUAACAAAUUCAUGUUAAUAAUGUAGUAUGUUUUAUGCAAGAAACUUAUAUAAAUUAAAUUAUAUUUUAAUCCAGUUUACCCUUCUAACAGCAUAAUUUCAGUAAUAUUUCAUUCGUUGACAGCAUCAAUAUUCCUUCGACCUCUGUAGUACAAAUGAGUAGUUAUCAUCAUGGUGUUUUACAGCUGUUUUAGGUUUGUUUGAUAAAAUGUUGCUUAAAAACAGUACAUAUUCCAAAGCAAUAUUCAAACGGUUGUGCAUCAAAACAAUUAAUAAGAAUUUUUUACUGAUUUGGCCCCUUGGAUCUGCAUAAUUAAGAAGAAAUAAAAAUCUUUAGACAUGAAAACAAUGAAAUGAUCAAUGGACUAACAAUAACACAACAUGUACAAUAGCUUUUGGGGAACCAUGUUUCUUAUACAAUAUUUCAACAUGAUCCUGUUUGACCCAAGAUAAAGUCAGUACUUGCAUAUGUAAACAAUUCUUGGGUUACACAGACUUGCUCAUAUUUUGUCGUUUGAAUUUAUUUGAUAAUUCUUUUUCCAAUAUUUAAAAGUCUUCUUUAACUUCAUAAUUUGACAUAUCCAGUUGGCGUGUCGGCCUUCAAUUAGACCUGCCGGUAUAUGCUACUUUGUCCUCUGGUCAAAUUCAUUCCAUAAUUGCCAAUCUAUCAUUGAGGGAGCAGUAUCAGACCAAUGCCUGACUGAUCAUUUGACAUUUGACUUAAUAUGGAAAAUAAUACAUUAUCAUGCAAACAUUUCACCAAAUGUACUACCGGCAGUUGUUCUAGGUUAUUUUAAAUCUUUCAAAUUUAAGUAUCACAUAAAGUUUUUUCUCGGGGUAUAAAAGCCUAUUCAACACCCCACCCCACCCCACCCCACCCCACCCCACCCCACCUGAUGCCGUCUGCCACACCUCCCCCCCCAUAGCCUGUGACAUAUCAAGUGUUACUGAUAACAUACAAUGCUAUAUUAUGAGAUUAUGAGAUGUUAGUAAGCCAAAUGCUAGAUUAGAAAAGGUUUUUGUGAUAAAUCAUGUUAAGUAUAAAUUUUGUAAAAAUUGUUUUAAACAUGAAAGAUUAUGUAUUGUUAAAUAGAAUGUUAAAAGUUUUUAAUUAAAAGUGAAUAUGUGAUAUGUAAAUAAUAAUUUGGGGAAAUGUAUAUAUAAUACUGUUUUUGGUAUUUCAGUGUAUUUCUUGACUGAUAUAGUCCCAAUUUAAGACAUCCUGUUUGUUAUGGUCAGUGGAUUUAAAUAUGGAUCCUAAUUUCAACUGAUAUUGUCUGUACAAUAUACUUUGACCGUAACCCUGGCAAAAUGUAUUUAGAUACAGUAUAAAACAAUCUGGUCAUGCAUACCCUGAAACUGACUUAAGCUUUAUCUUAAUUCAAACAUAUGAAAGUCAGAAGGAAUGCGUGCAGAGUCAGAAAAAAAUGUGGACAUUACUCAUUUGUAGUGUAACCAUGGAGUGACAGAUAUUUUUGUCAAAAAACAAUAUAUCAUGCUACUAAAGAUGGUCCGGAUAGUCCUGUGGGUACCUGGGUACUACUCAAUACCCACCCUACCUGAGUAACCGAGUUAUCCGUCCCAGCCCCAUUGUGUUGUAUUUGUCUUAUUUUAUUCUCUGUAAGAGGAAAUGUGUUUCAGGCUCCAAGGAGUCACGAACAUAAACUGUACAUUUAGACCUGUAACCAUGGUAACACAGACACUGCUGUCAGAUCGACCACCUCCGUGGUCUAGUGGUAGAGCUCCUGCCCGGAGAGCGGAAGGUCCUGGGUUCGAUCCCUGGGCAUGUCAUACCAAAAGACGUUAAAAGAUGGUACUUGUUGUUACCCUGUCUGGCGCUCGGCAUUAAGGGGCUAAAACAAGGACUGGUCGGCUCGGAGUCAGUAUUCUGUGUCUGAGUGGGGUAUUCAUGUUAAACUGCGGCAUGGUAUCUCAGUGAGCUAGCACUAUAAAUCGGCAUCAUUCCGGACUAGUAAAAGCAGCCACACACACACAUGUGCAUGCACGUUGCUAUUUAAGUGCAAUAAACUUGCACCUCACCUCACUGUUGUCAGAUCAAUCGAUUACAGUAGGGUGACAGGUUGGCUGCAGCGAUAUUAGGUCAGUGUUUCCAGUUAGCUGUAAUUACCAGUAUUAAUUUCCAUUAAAAUAGGCCAUGAAAUGGUAAACUUUAACCCUAUCGGUCCAAAAUAUUGCGUGUAUCAGUAUCUUUAAGCCUUGCAAGUGAACCAGUAAAUUUAUAACUGAAAGAAACACUGCUGGUAAAAGAAUGUAUGUCGUCAUCAUUCUUGAGAUAUAACCCGAAACCAAAAUCAAGAGCACCUUUCCAGAAUCUUGCUUCACGAAGUAUUUGCUAAGAAAAAUAAAUUUGUUGACAAUUUAAUCAAACAUAUGUCAAAGAUGUUAGUUUUAUAUUCUUUCAGACGUUUCCUGAAGAUGACCAGUUAACUCAUUGCCUUUAAGUUUGUAUUUCAAAGUAGUCUGUCAUUUACAUAUGUAGAAAGAGAAACAUCUCCCACCUUAUGACUAGGAAACUCAUGACAACAGCAUCUAGGUGUUGAUAAAGAAGUCGGCAAUAUUCAGUUUCCAUGACAACCUGUAAGUAGUUAGGUCUUGGUCAGUCAAACCAGUGACUGAUGGUAUGAGCGACACACCAAGCAAUGCGUGUGAUUGUUUUUACUUUGAGGAACGGUGCCCGUACGAGGCCAGCACCUUCACAGAGGAUCAACGUAAUUCCUUGUAAAUAUGGUAGAAGGAGAACUAAUUAAAAAAAAAAAUGUACUCUAAAAUUAUAUUGCACUAUAUUUAAAAAAUUGAAUGCAACUUAGUGCUAAGUUUUAUUAUAAAUUUAACUGAUAUCUGUUUACAAUCAAAUCUUUUUAAAAUUAUUGUUUUCAUUGACCCUAGUCAGUUGAUGCAUUUUAAAAUCUUUUAAUUAAGUGCAAUCAUUUUUAGUUAGUAUGCUUAGUAUGUAUUAUACAUAAUGCAGCUUUUGCAGCUAAAUGAUGCUCAUCAGGCCAAUUCAUUUUUACGUCUUUGAUGACCUUGCCCUUCAGUUUUCAAAAGUCAAAACAUUAAAGAUACAAACAAAUUAAAAAUAUGCAUGCUUAAUAACAAUAACAUGGCAAUAGUAAUUGUAAAAUGGUAAAUUUAAUAGUUUUUGGCAAAUUAAGUCCCCAUUAUCUAGACAGGGGUCUUUCCAUUUGGGGCAUAUAUGGCUUGGAAAUCAAGAAAAUGUGAAAAAGAAUUGAUCUGGACAUAGAUCAUCUUCCCGAGGCAAGAGAGUUAACUGACUAUAAAAGUCCAGUUUCCUUAGAAGGGACAUAACUGGUAAUAGCCACUGGCGGCGCUACGAUCGAGCUCAGGAAUUCCAGCCAAGUUCAUCAAGGAUGGAAACUGGACUUUUAAAGUCAGUUAACUCUCUUGCCUCGGAAAGAUUGCCAUAGAUUAGAUUUGUCUUUCAUUCCUCCUUGAGGUGCCGUUUAUCAGAAAAGACUCAAGGAAACGCAAGUGAAUUUCGAUGUUCAUGGAUGUUAUUCGGGAUUUUGUACCAUGGUCGUUUGUUAAGCCGUGUUUUGGCUUUCCAUUUUUUCCAUAUUUGUGUCACAUUCUGGCCGUGAACAUUAAAUUUGGAUACUUACUAAUGUAAAAAAAGGGCACCUCCAAAAAAAGCAUCGAUAUGUCAAUGGGAAAUAUUUUUCAUGAAGUGAUGUUUCUUUUGCGGUUCAGUAUGUAACAUCAUUUCAUCCUGAAGGACACAACUUGAUAUUUCCUGUUUGGGGUAAAACUUCAAACAUAUGUCCAAAUUGAAGCACCUUUAGAAUUUAUGUGCUGUUAUGAACUGUUUGUAAACUUAGUAGUGCUGAAUUCAAACAUACACUUUAAUUUCGGCCGAAACUAAAUUUUUAUUUGAAGUAAUAAAUUGCUAAAUACUAAAAUAAUUAAUCACCAAAACUUCGUCAGAUUUGUGUUGACAAGAUAAGUGAAAGAACCCUGCCAACUGGAACCGCGGGACUUGCGGCAUGUCAGUCAUGCCACGCUGGAUCACAUGUACCGAUCAUUUUCAUCUUUUAGAAUGGGUAAUAGUUCUGUGAGGCCACAAUAAAAGCCUUUUGGUCAACACUCCUGACCCGACAAUGUAGCACCAAGUGAACUUUUUCACCAGCAUUAAUUAAAAAUUCAGGGUUAGUUGUUGCUACCGAUAAACAAAGAUCUGAGGUCAUCCUAUUAUGGGUCAUGUCAGAAUAACCUUUCAUCCGACCAAUCAGAGCAUCACCUACCAGAGAGUGAAAGUGACAGUUGGAGUGCGUUUUGGAAGCAUGCAACCUAGACAUUUGAGCAUUCUCUUUUGUUCAAUUUUCAAAUUUUAAAUCAAUAUUUAUCAUGGAAUGGAAAUCGUCAGUUUGAAACUAUUGCCGUUUAGCUCAAGAGAGCUGCUUUCUGAUUGGCCAAUGUUGACUUCUUGUAAGUCAUUUCAUUAGUCAGUCAAAGUUCACAAAAGGUCAUUCUGACAUGACCUGUAAUAUGAUGUCCUCAAAUAUAUAUUUAAUGGUUGUGAGAACUGAGAUCUGAUCUGAGACAAUGUUGGGUAGUAUACAUGGGUUAUUGUCCGUUAUCAGAUAGUGAUAACUUGUGAUGCAUCUUGUGUACUGCGUACAUUGUGAGUCGUACUGAGGCUGAAAGAAUGCACCAUUGCACCUGUGCAGUGGAUGUUAAUGCAGAACUGGUAUCACUGCACAAAUUGAUUUAAUCAUCUAUGCAGAAGGUGGUCAACAAACUGAUUGAGAUCCGCCUUUACAAUAGCCACUCAUUCGGUCUAUGUAAUUGUAUUCUCUUAAAAUAAUAUGAAAUUAAGAUGGCAAAUAUUUUAUUUUGGAUUUAAAUACAUUAGAAUAUUUUGAUACAUUUUGAUAUAUUUACACAUAGAUAUGCUAUUGUGACCUUGGUACAUCUUUUCCAUCUGUCAAACAGUAUUGAAGUUAUUCAUAUUAUCAGUGUUGAGAUAUGUGAUACUGUUUUGUACAUUUUGAAGUCAUGCAUGUAUUUUCAGGCGAUUCCAUGUCAUGUGAGGAAGGGAAAAUAAAGUCUUACAUUUUUUUUAAAAA